GCAGCGCCUGCCGGGAGCCACGUCUCCGCUGGCCUAGCGCGGCGCGGGGAUUGGCGUCCGGCGGCGCUCCGGGGGCUGCUGGGAAGAUGGCGGACUCGGUGGUCAGCCGAUGAGGAGGCCGCAGGGGGAGCCCGGCACCCGGGCCCCGAGACCAACUGAGGGAGCGACCUGCGCGGGGCCUGGGGAGUCAUGGUCUCCAUCACCCAACUCCAUGCUUCGAGUCCUGCUCUCUGCCCAAGCCUCCCCAGCCCGGCUGUCUGGCUUGCUGCUGAUUCCGCCAGUACACCCCUGUUGUUUGGGGCCUAGCAAGUGGGGGGACCGGCCUCUUGGAGGAUGCCCCAAUGCAGGCCCUGUGCAAGGGCUGCAGCGGCUUCUGGAACAGGCAAGGAGCCCUGGGGAGCUGCUGCGUUGGCUGGGCCAGAACCCCACUAAGGUGCGCGCCCACCACUACCCCGUGGCACUUCGUCGUCUGGGCCAGCUCUUGGGGUCUCAGCCGAGGCCCCCUCCUGUGGAGCAGGCCACACUACAGGACUUGAGUCAGCUCAUCAUCCGAAACUGCCCCUCCUUUGACAUUCAUACCAUCCACGUGUGUCUGCACCUUGCAGUCUUACUCGGCUUUACAUCAGAUGGGCCCCUGGUGUGUGCCCUGGAGCAGGAGCAACGACGACGGUUCCACCUCCCUCCGAAGCCACCUCCCCCUUUGCAACCUGUCCUCCGUGGUGGGCAAGGGUUGGAAGCUGCUCUGAGCUGCCCCCGUUUCCUCCGGUAUCCACGGCAGCAGCUGAUCAGCAGCCUGGCAGAAGCAAGGCCAGAGGAACUAACUCCCCAUGUGAUGGUGCUCCUGGCCCAGCACCUGGCCCGGCACCGGUUGCGGGAGCCCCAGCUUCUGGAAGCCAUUGCCCACUUCCUGGUGGUCCAGGAAGCCCAGCUCAACAGCAAGGUGGUACAGAAGUUGGUUCUGCCCUUUGGGCGACUGAACUACCUGCCUUUGGAACAGCAGUUUAUGCCCUGCCUUGAGAGGAUCCUGGCUCGGGAAGCAGGGGUGGCACCCCUGGCCACAGUCAACAUCUUGAUGUCACUGUGCCAGCUGCGGUGCCUGCCCUUCAGAGCCCUGCACUUUGUCUUUUCCCCGGGUUUCAUCAACCAUGUCAGUGGCACCCCUCACGCUCUGAUUGUGCGUCGCUACCUCUCUCUGCUUGACACGGCUGUGGAGCUGGAGCUCCCAGGAUACCGGGGUCCCCGCCUUCCCCGAAGGCAGCAAGUGCCCAUCUUUCCCCAGCCACUCAUCACCGACCGUGCCCGCUCCAAGUACAGUCACAAGGACAUAGUAGCUGAGGGGCUGCGCCAGCUGCUGGGGGAGGAGAAAUACCGCCAGGACCUGACCGUGCCUCCAGGCUACUGCACAGACUUCCUGCUAUGUGUCAGCAGUUCUGGUGCUGUGCUUCCCGUGAGGACCCAGGACCCCUUCCUGCCAUACCCACCAAGGUCCUGCCCGCAGAGCCGUGCUGCCUCUAACUCCACUACCCACAACCCUGCCCAAAGGGUGGUGCUGAUGCUGCGGGAACGCUGGCAUUUCUGCCGUGAUGGCAGGGUGCUGCUGGGCUCACGGGCCUUGAGGGAGCGGCACCUGGGCCUAAUGGGCUACCAGCUCCUGCCGCUGCCCUUCGAGGAACUGGAGUCCCAAAGAGGCCUGCCCCAGCUCAAAAGCUACCUGAGGCAGAAGCUCCAGGCCUUGGGCCUCCGCUGGGGGCCUGAAGGAGGAUGAGGGCAUGCAGGCUGGGUUUAGGAUGGCCCCCCCAUGGGGGGUGACAAUUUGCACUUUGGCUCCCAUGUUUUGUUUUUUCAUUAAAGUCCCUUUCCUUCCC